UCACAAUAACCCCCAACCUACAAAAUGACUAAUGCUGUGUUGGAGCUGUGCUGUUGUAACAUUUGAAACUGCGUUGAGUGGAAACACACAGGGCUCACCUCCACAGUAACUCGACGUGAGGUUUUUCAUUCCUCUGCUGCUGUUCCGGGCUCAGGUUAUCUGUAGUUACAUUGCUACGAGGACACUGACGUGACAUUCAUUCAUCCACAACAACAAUGGCAGCACAGGAUUUUAAUUUCUUGCUCGCGACGGAUUCUUAUAAGAUCACACACUACAAGCAGUAUCCUCCAAAUGUCAGCAAAAUCUACUCUUACUUUGAAUGCAGACGCAAGAAAGGCUCACAGUUCAGUGAGUGUGUGUUCUUUGGCCUUCAGUAUCUGCUGAAGAAAUACCUUCUAGGCCAAGUCAUCACAGAGGAGAAGAUUCAAGAAGCCAAGCUGUUCUACCAGAUGCACUUCAAACAGUCUGUGUUUGAUGAGGAGAGCUGGAGGAAAGUCCUUGAGAAACACAAUGGCCGUCUUCCUAUCCGGAUCAAAGCUGUCCCUGAGGGAAGGAUCGUUCCCAGAGGCAACGUGCUCUUCACCGUGGAAAACACUGACCCAGACUUCUACUGGCUCACCAACUACAUUGAGACCAUGCUGGUCCAGAUGUGGUAUCCCAUCACAGUAGCCACCAUCUCCAGGGAGUUUAAGAAGAUCCUGGCCAAGCACCUGAAGGCCACCUCCGGGAGCCUGGAGGGUCUGGACCUGAAACUGCAUGACUUUGGCUACAGAGGGGUCUCCUCACAGGAGUCUGCAGCGUUGGGUGGAGCGGCCCACCUGGUUAAUUUCUGCAGUACAGACACCGUGGCUGGGCUGCUGAUGGCUCAGCGCUACUACAGCUGCCCAAUGGCCGGCUUCUCCAUUCCAGCAGCAGAGCACAGUACCAUCAUCUCCUGGGGGAGGAACAGAGAGAAGGAGGCGUUUGAGCGAGUCCUGGACCAGUUCUCCUCAGGGCCGGUGUCUGUAGUCAGUGACAGCUACGACAUCUUUCACGCCUGUAAACACAUCUGGGGAGACGAGCUGAAGGAGCGCGUGAUGGAGCGCAGCCAGGACUCCUGCCUGGUCAUCAGGCCAGACUCUGGAGACCCCGCGGAGACCCUCAUCGAGGUCAUCAAGAUUCUUGAGGAGCGUUUUGGCUGUUCUCUGAACUCUGUGGGAUUCAAGGUUCUGCCUUCCUACCUGCGGAUCAUUCAGGGAGACGGCAUCGACCUCAUCUCAGUGGAAGAGAUUCUCACGAAGCUGAGUGAUGAAGGCUGGAGUGCUGAGAACGUCUUCUUUGGUUGUGGCAGUUCCCUGCUCCAGAAGCUCAACAGAGACACACUCAGCUGUGCCUUCAAGUGCAGCUAUGUGGAGACUGACGGGAAGGGGAUGGACGUUUACAAGCAGCCGGUGACCGACCCAUCCAAAGGCUCCAAGAGGGGCCGACUGCUGCUGAGGAGAAACUCUGACGGCCUGCUAGAGACAAUAGAGAGAGGAGCAGGCAAGCCGGAGGAGGACCUGCUGGUGACCGUCUAUGAGAACGGCAGCCUGGUGCAGGACUACACCCUGGAGGAGAUCAGGAAGAACGCCCGGCUUAGGGACGAGGACGUGAACCCCACCCUGCACAACCAGGAUCAGGAACUGCUGCGCAAUCACAUCCUCAACGGGGUUCAUUAGACCAGCCACAGCCUUAGAAUACUUGAGUUUUGAACAGGGUGCACUGGAGUGAAGACUGUCGUGUUUCUGAAAGGCACCCAUUCAAGUUAAGCUGAACAUAUAGAAAGGGAGCAAAAAGCUGUUUCUCACAAAAUACUAACUUAAUAAAAUAAUACAGUAUUUCUGAUUAAGGUAAUCAUCAGGUAUGGUGAACACUGGCUAGUGCUUGAUAGACAAUAUCUAAGUUAAGGCCACUGUUAGCCUCAUAUAUCAGCACAACAUUAUAUUUUUGCACCCUCAGAAUAUCAGAAUACCUUUAUUCGUACCACAGAGGGGAACCUUACAUAUUUUACAUAUACAUAUAUUAUCUCCCUAUUGCCCUUUAGUUUAGCACAAGUCAUGUACUGUCUAUAAAUGCAGACAUCACUGACAUGUCGGGCUCAAUAAUCUGCACUGCAACAGUUCAGACAGAAACCAAACUGAAGCCAUACCUGUUCCUGUUUCAUCAUGUCUCACGUGCCUGUCCCACACAGUACACUCUGAAGCCCAAUAUUGAAUAGAUAAAAAAACAAUAUGAAUAUAUUGUGUAAAAUAUAUGAAUGAACUGAUAAUUUGGGAAAUAUUUGAUGAGAUAGUUGAAACUCAUCUCAUUAUUUUUAAAUGGUGUUUCAUUAUUAAUGUUAUUUUGUAUGUAUUAGAUAGUCAUUUUUAUUUCAAAAUGCCUUUUUUCUUCUUCUUAAAGUCAUUGUUUUUAGUUCAUAUUCGCAUGACUAGUAUUUGCUAUGACAGUGGUGUUUUCCGCGCCCUCUAACCUUCCAGCCAAUCAUGUCCCCCCGUGCCACUCUGAAGUGCGUACGCUCCAGUGCCUUUUAAAGAGAGAGUUGGGACACAUCUCACUGCCACGUGGUACAUGUAUUGCUACAUAGUUCCAAGGGUCAGUUUAAUUGCAUACAUUCAAGUAGGACAAACAGCUGCCAUUAUAUAAAAUAAUGUCUCCCAUCCUAAUUGUAUGUAGAGAGAAUCACAGAAACAAGCACAGCAAAUGCUGCUUUACCUUCCACCACUGCGCUCGUUGUCAGUGCACUGAGUACAUGUGCUGAAACAACAAAAGCUGUUCAGGAUCUAAAGAUGAACCAGAAGUGCAAAAAAACAUAUUGACUUACUGUAAGAAGUGAUUUGGAUCAGUGGUUCUUUAGAAAAGUGCGAUACCUGAUCUGCACAGUUGGACUUUGGUUAGAGCUCAUUCAAAUACAAAAUGGAGCAGCCACUAUAGGACGUCUAUUCUACUGGUGGCCAGCGGGCUGAUCCCCAUGCAGCAGCAACAACCAUCAGGGGAAAGAGAGAAGCCUAUCACUUAUUACCAUGCAUGCUGUCACAGUAAUCUCAGGCAGCACAGGGACAAUCCCUGCCAUUUUGUAUUUUGCUAAUUUCUCUCCCCUUUUUAAGAAAAAAAGGCAUAGAUCUUGCUCAUGUGCUAUAUCUGAAGUGUGUAUCAAAACUGCUAGCCAAUUAAUACACAUUAGAAAUAGAGAAGGUGGUCAUAAGGCCAAAGAAAGGUUGAGUAGGUUAAUUUGUCUUCCUCUGAAUAAUGGCUCGGGGAAAUGUCCGUCCGAGGCCCCUUAGCUUUCUGACCCUGAACAAUAUGGAUAUAGUUGAAUAGCUCUGGUCUAUGUGAGGGCUAAGUAGCAGGAGCAGAUCCCUAACGGGCACUGCAAUAGUAUAGAAUACAUCUAAAUGUAGAAUAAACCGAAGCGAAAGAUAUGAAUCAGCUCAGGCACUGAUAUGAAUAGGCGUCACUAGAUAUGUACAGUAAGAACAAUAUGUAAUGAAUAGGCUAAGAUAUGCAAAGUAUGAAACAUGCAACAAUGACAGUAGUCAGUAAAGGUAAAACCCUAAAAGUGUCCGAAAAGGCAUCUUUUUUCUCACCUGCGAGGGUGCUUGUAAAACACAAAAUGAAUUGUGUGCACAGGUUAUUAUUGGCUGCUCUGCGACAUGUUUACUUGAGGCUAUUCCAUUUAAAACAGAUGUCUGUCGUUACUCUCUCUACAAAUCGCACUGGCAAGGUCAACAACUGCUACAAUAUAAGUCGAGCUAGCUCCUUUUAGCUAGAGCAACACCAAUGCUAAUGUUAUUCUGAGUUGGCUAACUACAGUACACUAACAUAACCAUGUAGCUGUUGUUCUUGGUGUUAGUGACACAAGACCCAUUUGUGAGUUUAGAUUAUUACUGAGUGUGAGAGAAAAUGACAUCAGAGUUAGGAGCCAGUGCUCGCUCCUGAUGGCAUGUGACUGCUGAAGAAUGAACGAAGGCUGCAGAGGGCUUCUGAACCGAUCUUGGCUGUUUGGCCAUUGGUCCCCUUAUAGCAUUUCUCCAGAGACUUUGAUGGGCAACCUUUUGGGUAAAUGAUCUUCCCAUUACAAAUACUCAAAUAAACCCAGCAGUCCACAUGUUUGGACUUCAUGAGCUACUGAGUAACUUUGAUAUGAAUUUACAGGGCCCCGCCUCCAACGCCGUAUCAAUUCCCUCUACACAUCCAUGUUUGUGACAUCGAUGCUCUCAUCUUUUGUAAACGUAUACUAUCAGUCUGAUCAUGUGAUUUUGAUUUCUUAGGUAAGGAUUUUAUGAAACCAAUCAUUUAACUCAACAGUUGUGUGGGUCACAACAGAUGCAGGGGAGCAUCAAGUCAGGCUGCUGCGGAUUCUUCAGGCUGUUCUUCAUUGUGUUCAUUCUUCUUUUCAUUUUGAUUGACAUGUUUGGAUCUUUAAAUACUAAGUGACAAAUUCCACAAUAAUGUAUGUUCUUGCUGAUGACCAGUCCAUGGAGAUUGUUGAUGAAGUAGUGGUGAAGAGUUCCACCAACACUGGACAACACACAGUUAACCUGUUGUAUCGGCACUAAUCAUAUCUGUAAUUACAUUGUGUAAAUAUACUUUUGAAAAUGGUUUGCUUUUAAUUUAUCUAUCUUUUAAAUGUUCUGUAUCUUUGAUUUUGUUUGUUUUCAAAACAGACCUUUUAUUAGAUUAAAAUAAAUAACAUUUUCACCCUGGGUGAGUUAUAUUGCAACACUGA